AUGUCAAACAGCGGACGCGGUCGAGGUAGUUUAUUCCAGCGCGGCGGUCGAGGUGGGGGUUUGAUAGGGUCAGCUGUCCGUGGCGUAGCAGGUGGUAUUGGGCUCGUGUCAGAGAGCGUCAGCUCUUACAAAGAGAAGAGAACCGCUGAGAAAAACGCCGCAUCGUCAGAGUCAAGUCAGCAGCCUCAAUCGAGCGGCAUUGCUGCCAGCGACGAGCUGCCACCGGACUAUGAGCCUCAGCCAAGUCACCAUGAGGAUUUGACUGAAAGACAAUGGGAGCUCGACGAAACACAAUCCGAGCUACUUUCAAGUCCCCAAGGCGGUACCGACCCCGCUCAACAGACGCAAAAGGACAAGGAUCUUGUGGCCACUUUUUUGAGUGUUCAUGGCUCUUCUACUGGUCGAACCAGUUCUCAACUAGAACUGCCUGUUAUCCUUGCACAGCGGAGGCCAAAAGACCGAGCUCGCGGUUUUGUUCGUGGAUAUGCCCCAAUGCUUGAGGCAGUUGGCAUCGACCAGGCGGCUUGGCUGGACUUCCUAGACAAGUUUGACGAGUCUACUAGAGCCUCGCCGUGGAUCGAGGUCAUCAAUUUCGCAGAGAUUGGUGGUUUCUUUGUACCAAUUGCGCCAAGCAUUGCCAUUAGUGCUGCAGUGUACAAGACCAUCGAAGUUGCGAAGGAUGUCCAGAGCAGACAGAGGUCAAACAAGUUCAUCUCCCAGAUGAACGAGCAGUACUUUUAUCCCAAGGGUCUAUGCUGUCUGAUCAUGACUUGGCGACCCGAUUCCGGAAGGUCUCACGAGGUUGUUGACCUGACAUCAACGGUCGCUUCUUCGAUUGGAUCAUAUGACUCUGGAUUCACUAAUAAGUUUAAAACCUCCAGCGGAAAGACCUACGGUGAUUUUGCUCUACCCGAGGCUGCCCCUCUCAUCUUUCCGACGCUCGAUGUCCUUGCUGAGACUGAUAGCGAGGAAUCGAGAGGUCUGAAGCAAAGCCUGGGCGAGAAGAGAACAUAUAUCCAGGAGUACUAUGACAAGAGGGCCCAGGCUCAAUUUGCGCUCAACAGACCGGAUAACCUCUUGGCCAACCAGCAAGAAGCUCCAAAGUUCACCUCACGAUACGCUGAUCCGAGCCACCCUUCCAACAAUGGUUCGUUGAUCUCCCUACUCACUGGCGGAUAUGUCGACCCCACAAAGCUUCGCCGAGGCUUCAGGGGCCAAGCACCAGAAGGCCAUGACCAAGGACGAACCAGUGGAAGACGAACUGACAGGCAGCCCGGGUUGCCGCUGCCUUACAAACCGGUCAAGGCAGCAAGGGAAUUUCUUUUCAACAAGGAUGUUUUGUAUCUUAUGGUCGUCAACAUGCCUACUGAAGAUGAACUCCGGGAGGCCAAGGCUGUAUUGGACCGUAGAUAA